UAUUUAGUGCAAUAUUUUAAGUGUUUAAAUAAAUUAUUUCCAAAAUGGAAAUUAUCGGUGAUUAUGAAUAUAAUCCGAAAGAUUUAAUUGGGCAUGGUGCUUUUGCUGUUGUUUUUAAAGGUCGCAAUCGUAAGAGUCCAGACGAAAUUGUUGCGAUUAAAAGUAUUACAAAGAAGAGUUUAGCUAAGUCACAGAAUUUAUUGGGAAAGGAGAUUAAAAUAUUAAAGGAACUAACAGAAUUACAUCAUGAAAAUGUGGUUGCACUUUUGGAUUGUAAGGAAUCAUCCCAUAAUGUAUUUCUGGUCAUGGAAUAUUGCAAUGGCGGAGAUUUAGCAGAUUAUUUAAACGUUAAAGGAACGUUAAGUGAAGACACAAUUCGUUUGUUUCUAGUUCAGUUGGCCGGAGCAAUGAAAGCUUUGUAUGUUAAGGGUAUUGUGCACAGAGACUUAAAACCGCAAAACAUUCUAUUAUCGCAUAAUGGUACAAAAGUAUGUCCUCAACCAUCGGAAAUCAGACUUAAAAUCGCGGAUUUUGGAUUUGCACGUUUCUUACAAGAUGGUGUUAUGGCAGCGACCUUGUGUGGAUCACCUAUGUAUAUGGCACCUGAAGUAAUCAUGUCGAUUCAAUACGAUGCCAAAGCCGAUCUAUGGAGUUUAGGUACAAUUGUAUUUCAAUGUUUAACAGGAAAAGCACCAUUUCAAGCGAAUACACCACAAGCUUUAAAACAAUUUUACGAGAAAAAUGCUGUUUUAACACCAAAAAUUCCAGUUGAAACAAGUCCAGAACUAGAAGACUUAUUACGUGGAUUAUUAAAACGAAAUGCACGUGAUCGAAUACAUUUUCAUACAUUUUUUAAUCACCCAUUUUUACAAAGACCAGAGCCCACAAAACAUCAAAAUAUUCCAUUAUCAGAAUUAUCAACCACUAUAUCAAAUUUACAACUAAGUCCUCCAGCCGGUGAUGGAAAUCAUUUAUCACUACGAAUAUCUGCUACACCAAUACCAUGCGGAGGAAAAUCUUCGCCAUCACAUCCAGACUCACCUAAUUCAAUUAAAGAAACCGGUAGUGGAUCCAGCCCAGAAAUGACAGAUGAUUUUGUUUUAGUUCCUGCAAAUUUACCAUCCGAUCAUUCUGCUUCGAGUGCUAUGAGCUAUGAUAAAACAUUUCGAUAUAGACCGAUGCAAUGUCCAAGUCCCACAAAACGAACAACUGGUGUAUCCACAAACACGGUUGCAACACAACAAUCAAUUCCAAUUACGAAUAAUGUAUCAGUGCCUGCUACCCGUCCUGGUACAUUACCCAUGUCUGAACCAAUACCAGUUCCUACAAUGCGUGCAGCAUAUGCGCGUAUGCGAAGUAAAGAAUAUUCAUCGGAUCAAAUGCCUUUAAAAUCUGCGCCUGAAGUUUCAUCCAUCGAUACGAAUAUAACUCAAACCAAUGUAAGUAAUUCAAUUCCACGAUCGCAACCAAUCAACAUGAAACGAUUAGAUCGUCAACAUACUCAUCCAGACAUAAGUUCACUAUCCCCGCCAUCUGUACUGUUUACAUUGGGCACCCCACCUGGUGGACGCCGUCGAUCGGCCUCUGGAAGUUUAUCUGAAACACCACCGCCACCAAAUUUAUGGCAAGUGUCCCCGGUAACAGUACCACGACAUACUCCAACUGGUUCACCGUUACGACGAUCGGGUAGUUGUACUACAUCGCCAAUUUUAACAGGACCUUUAGCCGCACUUGCCCAACAUAUGAACAGUCCAACUAAUAACACUUUAUUGGAUAACAAUAAUAUACGACAUUCUCCGAUGAUACCAUUUGCAACUCGCGCCAUGACACUUCCAGAUAUAUCAGAAGCUGGAAGUUUCCAUAAUGUGUAUGAUAUGUCUGAAUUUCCUAAUCUUGAACCACAAUACUUCUUUCAACCACCAGAGCUACCUGAAGAAACUAUCCUGGAUAGGGAACAUAAUGAAAUAUUAGCCAAGUUAAAUUUUACACUUGCGCUGUCUGAAUGUGUUUUAACAUUAGCUGAUUUACGAACAUCGCCAUUUGGAGCUGUGGAAAGUGAUACAGAUAACACAGCCUCAGUGACUGAAUUAAUUGGUGUUGACACAAAUACUGUUCGAAGAUUUGAACAAAUGGUAUUGUUAGUACGAGCUAUGCAAUAUCUUGGACAAGGAUUGUCACUUGCUAAUGAAAGUCUCAAGUCAGGUAAACUUAGUUCAUCUGCAACUGCAAAAUUUGUGGUAACCACAUUAAAUAAAAAAUUCCGCUCGACAUUAUCACAAUGCCGUAAAAUGAAUGGAAAUAAUUUAUUACAACGUGCUGAACAAGCAAACAUCACCGCUGACAAACUUUUAUACAAUCAUGCUAUAAAAAUGUGUCAACAAGCCGCCAUGGAUGAACUAUUCGGUACAACAUCCGAAUUAUGUUUUAAUCGUUAUCAAACAGCACAAAUCAUUCUACAUAGUUUAUCGAGUCAAGUGACACAUCAAAAUGAUCGUAACGUGUUACAAAAGUAUAAAGAGGCAGUUGAACGACGUAUUUAUGUGUUAAAAGAACAAGCUAAAUUAAAUAUUAUUGCUAAUGAUCAAACAUAGCAUUCA